ACCAACAUGAAUGACCAGCUCAUUGCAUGUUGAGGUGCGGGGAGAUGGGGGUACAACACUGUCAACUCAGGAUUUGAGUUUAGAAAGACUACAGGCCCCGAAAUGCAAUUUCACCUGCCAAAAACUACCAUUCCCAACAUGCAAUGCAACCUGGGAGAGCCAAGGAAAAAAACCUUGCAAGCGUGGCUGCAAAGUUUGCCCCUCUUGUUACCCUCAGGCAAAAGAAUGAUUUCGAAAGGCCCAAGGGCUAUUUUUUGCAGGAGCGGUCACUCCCUAAAUCCAGGCAAGGAAAGGGAGGAGUCGGAGCCGAGUCACGCCCCUUUCCCUGUAAACUCAGGUCGCCCCUAGCUUAACACGCUGGAGUCUGAAGAGCGGACAGUAGCCGCACACCCCAAACUUUCCCCAUGGGUUCGGUUACCAGAGCCGUGUUUGGAGAGCUGCCCUCGGGAGGAGGGACAGUGGAGAAGUUCCGGCUGCAGUCUGACCUCCUGAGAGUGGACAUCAUCUCCUGGGGCUGCACAAUCACAGCCAUAGAGGUCAAAGACAGGCAGGGGAGAGCCUCAGACGUGGUGCUUGGCUUCGCCGACCUGGAAGGAUACCUCCAAAAGCAGCCAUACUUUGGAGCAGUUGUUGGGAGGGUGGCCAACCGAAUCGCCAAAGGAACCUUCAAGGUGGAUGGGAAGGAGUAUCACCUGGCCCUUAACAAGGAACCCAACAGCCUGCAUGGAGGAGUCAGAGGGUUUGAUAAGGUGCUCUGGACCCCUCGGGUGCUGUCCAAUGGCGUCCAGUUCUCGCGCGUCAGUCCAGACGGUGAGGAAGGCUACCCCGGAGAGUUAAAAGUCUGGGUGACAUACACCCUGGAUGGCGGGGAGCUCAUGGUUAACUAUAGAGCACAGGCUAGUCAGGCCACACCAGUCAAUCUGACCAACCAUUCUUACUUCAACCUGGCAGGCCAGGGUUCUCCGAAUAUAUAUGACCAUGAAGUCACCAUAGAAGCGGAUACGUAUUUGCCUGUGGAUGAAACCCUGAUUCCUACAGGAGAAGUGGCCCCAGUGCAAGGAACUGCAUUCGACCUGAGAAAGCCAGUGGAGCUUGGAAAACACCUGCAGGACUUCCAUCUCAAUGGUUUUGACCACAAUUUCUGUCUGAAGGGAUCUAAAGAAAAGCAUUUUUGUGCAAGGUCAGAUAUUUUUCACUUCCUGAGUCUGUAAGAAAGAAACCGACACCAACUCCUAUUUUCCUUUGGAGCUUUUCCUCUGGCCAUAUCAAUAGCAUUUACUAUGCUACAGGUAACCCAGUACCACAUUCCAUAUCUUCUCAAAGCUCCUGUGGUACAGGUGAGCUCUGUAGAAUUCAUCCCCCUCCUCCUACCUCCCAUUACCCAUAUUCCUCCAC